AUGAACAUGUUGCAAUUAUCAUCAGAAACUCCAAAUGCGACAGAUUAUAUCGAUAUUAUUGUCGAUAUAAGAAAUCUCGGGUUGCUAAAUAAUUUAGAAGAGCAUAUUCCCAAAAUUGUCGUAUUCGGCAAUAUAUCAAGCGGCAAAAGAUCCAUUAUGACAAGGUUAACCGGUGGCUUACCAAUGCCAAGAGCAUCCACGACUCCUUACGAAAUAUGUAUCCUGCAAACUGAGGAACCAAUACGUAAAAUCACAUUACGUUACAUAGAAGACAGUAAUCGAAGCGUGAUACAACCAAGAGAAGUAGAAUUUGCCGAUAUAACAAGUUCGAGUAAAAUGGACGUUGAAAACAAAUUGCGUGACGCUCAACGUUAUGUACAAAACCCAAGUAUUAUAGAUAUCAAUUCACAAUUGCCAAAUGACCCAAAUAAUGAUGAGUUACCAUUUACAAAAAAUUCUGUAUGUAUUACAAUCGGUGGACCUUCGCAAAAUUAUGGUUUGUCUAUGGUUAUUUUACCAAGCUUACCAGAAUCCUUCGAUGAGUGCGCAUCCUUUACAAUGUCCUUGAUUGAGGAAUGUGUUGAAAGAGACUCGGCAAUUCUGGUUCCAAUCAUUACCGCAAACGCAGAUAUUGAUACACAAAUCGCAUGGAGUCUUGCACGUGAAGUAGAUCCGGACGGUCUACGUACAGUAGGAGUCUUGACAAAAAUUGAUUGUAUUCCAAUUGAUGACGAAAAGCAUUUAGAACUUGCUAAUCUAGUAAAAGGUAAAAGAGAACAUCAUAUUGCAAAUGGGUUUUAUGUUAUAAGAAAUCGAUCAAGCGUAAAACCGGAAGAAUCAGAUGAUUCGUUAGAAAGCGACACAUUUAAGAAACUCAGAAAUCACAGAACUUGGAAAGAUGAACCAAUCAAUAAAUUUGGCUUACAAAAUUUUGUCAUGAAAUUAAUUGAAUUACAAGGUCUGUCAUAUAAACGGUCAUGGCCAAAAAUAAUUACCCUUUUGGAAGAUAAAAUAGAUUAUUAUGAAGAAAUGUUAAAUAGCCGUCCUGAUAAACCUGUUGAAACUCCAACCAUACGUUUCUUGGAUAAAUUUGACAGAGUUUUUACUAAUCAUGAAUACGUAGACCAUAAGUUAUAUCAUGGUCAACAAUGGAACUUUGGUCAAUUGAAUCAAGCAUUAUUAUAUACUCGUCCAAGAUAUAAACUCACGAUUAACGAAGGGGUAACAAAUACCGAAAUUUUUGAUCCCAUAAAGCCUAAUCCAUUACAAUUUUGUCUUAAGAAAGGUUUAAGUGACGAAUGUACACUUGACGGAUGGAGCGAUUAUAGCAAUACACAACAUAUAUUGACAAUAGAUCAACUUAACGAGGCUGUGCAAGAAAGUCAAGGAGAACUUUUGGAUGGUAAUUUUCCAUAUACAGCCGUAAUUUCUAUUGUUGAAAAACAUCAAGAGGAGUGGUAUUCGAUUUCUGUCAAAUUUUUUAAUAAACAUUGCGAUUGGGUUGCUGGUUGUAUUGAUACAUUAAUAAACAAUACUUUUGAAGAAUUUCCAAAUGUCAUUCGAGGAAUCAAGAACAUUUUACAUGACUUAUUAAGAAAGUGCGAAGAUGAAACGUUAAAUCGUCUUAAAGAUCUUGAAGAGAUGGAGCAUUUUUCAGCUAAUAGAGCUCUUUAUGUAACUGAUGAAACCAGCCUUCUUAGAAAACAAUCAAAAUAUUUAACCAAGCUUCAAGAUUUUGCAGCCAGUUCCAAGCUAAUGAACAAAGAAUUAAAAGCAGUUCUUGAAUUAGGGUCUGAAUUAUUUGACAUGAUGUAUUAUGAUGAAAACGAAGAAGAGAUUGAUACCACUAGAAAAAAUAAAGAUUUGGAUAAAUUAAUUCGUAUAAUUUCCACUGCCACGGGAGCGUUAUCAUAUUGGAAAAUUUCCUAUUCAAAAUAUCGAGAAAAUGUUUCAUAUAUAGUAGAACAUUUUCUUGUACAUCAAUUUGCUAAAAAUUUAGGGAUUCAUUUACGUACAUAUUUCAGAUUAUUAAGAACAGAACAGAAUACAACAACUGACAAUUUAAAUUUGGAGAGUUUACCAGGUGAAGAUCCAUCAGUAACUAGCCAACGUGCAGAAUGGCAAAAUAACGUUAAUGCUCUUUAUGAUAUUAUUGAUCGUGUUCGAAAGCUUGUACAAGAGGAUAGAAAGCGCCGCCCUUAUUUUAAACUUAAUUAA